GCCAAUUUCUUCCAUUCUUAUGUCUUUGUAUGUAUUGUUUCUUCUUCUUGCCAGGUAUGUCCUUACCAUUUCCCCCCAUCUGCCCAAUUUCUACGCAUUAAGACUCAUCUCAAAUACCAGAUCUCUGUGAAGACUUUCCUGACAUCUUCUCCCUGGCAGACCUGAGUAAACAGGAAGGAACUGUAGCAACUGCGACAUGAGGGAAACCUUUUCGGCUGGAAUAAUGAUGUAUUUGUGGCCUUGGACGUGAAGCAGUCAGCUGUCUGUGCUGUUAACUAGCGCCAGGGACCGAUGUUGUGGGAAGCAUGGACUUACUGAACGGGCAGGCAAGCAGUGUUAACAUUGCUGCUACUGCUUCCGAGAAGAGUAGCAGUUCUGAAUCAUUAAGUGACAAAGGUUCUGAACUGAAGAAGAGCUUUGAUGCCGUGGUGUUUGACAUUCUUAAGGUUACACCAGAAGAAUAUGCGGGUCAGAUAACGCUAAUGGAUGUCCCAGUAUUUAAAGCUAUUCAACCAGAUGAGCUCUCAAGUUGUGGAUGGAAUAAAAAAGAAAAAUACAGUUCUGCACCAAAUGCAGUGGCCUUCACAAGAAGAUUCAAUCAUGUAAGCUUUUGGGUUGUUAGAGAGAUUCUUCAUGCUCAAACAUUAAAAAUUAGAGCAGAAGUUUUGAGCCACUAUAUUAAAACUGCUAAGAAACUGUAUGAGCUGAAUAACCUCCAUGCACUCAUGGCAGUGGUUUCUGGCUUACAGAGCGCCCCGAUUUUUAGGCUGACGAAAACCUGGGCGUUAUUAAGUCGAAAAGACAAAACUACCUUUGAAAAAUUAGAAUAUGUAAUGAGUAAAGAAGAUAACUACAAAAGACUCAGAGACUAUAUAAGUAGCUUAAAGAUGACACCCUGCAUUCCCUAUUUAGGUAUCUAUUUGUCAGAUUUAACAUACAUUGAUUCAGCAUACCCGUCAACUGGCAGCAUUCUAGAAAGUGAGCAAAGAUCAAAUUUGAUGAAUAACAUCCUUCGAAUAAUUUCUGAUUUGCAGCAGUCUUGUGAAUACGAUAUCCCCAUGUUGCCUCACGUCCAAAAAUAUCUGAACUCUGUUCAGUAUAUAGAAGAGCUGCAAAAGUUUGUGGAAGAUGAUAAUUACAAGCUUUCAUUAAAGAUAGAACCAGGGACAAGCACACCACGCUCUGCUGCCUCCAGGGAAGAUUUAGUAGGUCCUGAAGUGGGAUCUCCACAGAGUGGAAGAAGGAGUGUGGCCGCUGAGGGAGCCUUGUUACCACAGACACUGCCAUCCCCUCGGAACCUGAUCCCACAUGGACAUAGGAAGUGCCAUAGCCUGGGUUACAAUUUCAUUCAUAAAAUGAAUACAGCAGAGUUUAAGAGUGCAACGUUCCCAAAUGCAGGGCCAAGGCAUCUGUUAGACGAUAGCGUUAUGGAGCCCCACGCACCAUCUCGAGGCCAGGCUGAAAGUUCUACUCUUUCUAGUGGAAUAUCAAUAGGUAGCAGUGAUGGUUCUGAACUAAGUGAAGAGACCUCAUGGCCUGCUUUUGAAAGGAACAGAUUGUACCAUUCUCUCGGCCCGAUGACACGAGUGGCACGAAAUGGCUAUCGAAGCCACGUGAAGGCCAGCAGUUCUGCAGAAUCAGAAGAUUUGGCGGUACACUUAUAUCCAGGAGCUGUUACUAUCCAGGGUGUCCUCAAGAGAAAAACCUUGUUAAAGGAAGGGAAAAAGCCUAAAGUGGCAUCUUGGACAAAAUAUUGGGCAGCUUUGUGUGGGACACAACUUUUUUACUAUGCAGCUAAAUCUCUAAAGGCUACAGAAAGAAAACAUUUCAAGUCAACAUCAAAUAAGAAUGUGUCUGUGGUAGGAUGGAUGGUGAUGAUGGCUGAUGACCCGGAACAUCCUGACCUCUUCCUGCUGACUGAUUCUGAGAAAGGAAAUUCAUACAAGUUUCAAGCUGGCAGUAGGAUGAAUGCAAUGCUGUGGUUUAAGCAUUUGAGUGCUGCCUGCCAAAGUAACAAACAACAGGUUCCUACAAACUUGAUGACUUUUGAGUAAAUGCCUAAGAAAGAAGAGAGGUGAACUGUUGCUCCAAAGUGAGAGCGAGGACCUGAUGGACGAGCGCCAGCUAAAAACCAAUCCUGUGCCAGGGAGAGCCCAGGGCUUCCACCUCAGCCUCUGGAGUUCUGAACCGAAAAGCACUAAUUCCCAGGAAUGAAGUGAGACAUUCCCAGAGAACCAACUGCAGUUGCGAAACAAACUGCCAUGGACCACGCUUCUUAUCUCUGAACUGACCUGUGGAAACCACUGCCUUAAAAGAACGAAAGGAAAUCCAACACGAAACACCAAAUAGUGUGUGUGAAUCUCUGGCGGUGCUGUCUUGGAAUAGAUCGUAGCUCAUUUGCAUUUCUUUUACCUUCGUACUAAUUUUGAAGGGGGAAUCGCCUUUUUUAGAUACACUUUCAGAAGGAAAAACAUGUUUCUAAUGGGUUACCUCAGGAGCUGGUUUUGAACCAAGGUGUAAAGAUAUUCUAAUGAGCAGCAUUCUACCGGCAGCCUCCCUGAGAGUUUGCAGCACAAGUGGAGGAAUUAGAAAUGUUGUAAUGUGAGUUGUUGAGACUUUGUUUGGGACUUUGGGAGAGUUUUUGUUUGGCUUUGGAUGAGGGAAGAUAUUUUUAAACACUAAACUUCUGAGAUUUAGUACUGUACGGGGAACACGACUUCCUGCAGGAGGUAUAAAGGCCGAGUGUUCACGUGCCAGACACUCUUUCACAUGGGCUCUAGAAAACGUGGUUGUUUUUAACUGGGUUUAGGUUAGGCUUCUGUAUUAAUUCAUUGUUGGGCCACAGAUCUGCUUAGUAGGGAUUGUAAUCCCUACCUAAACUUCCCUGGGAUUUUACUUACAAGUCAUUACUUUUUUUUUUU